AUGCUCGAUGAUCGUAUUAAAAAAUUAUACUUAAAUCAAAAAAGAGAAUUCAUUCAUAACAAUGUACAUCCAUCGAAUACAAGUGGAGAUCAGAUGGAUGUAGAAGAAAGCAGUCCAAGUCAACCUUCAACAUCAAGCCAGACGAUAAUUGCUAGUGAAAAAUCAGAAUUAUUAACAACAAAAUCAUUAAGUGAAGCUACGAAUUUCGGUUCGGAUUUGGAGUAUGAUCCUUCAAUACAAAUGAAGCGACCAAAAAUUAAUAUUUUAACUCCAGAGCUGAUUUCCGCACUUGACAGAGCUAAUGUCAGCAGUAGAAAUGCCAUGUUUAUUAUAGCUCCCAUUCUGACAA